GGCAAAAUUACUUAAUCUUACAUAUUAAUUUGUUGUAUAUCAUAAGGAGAUGAUCAUUCACAUAUAUUAUAUCGUGUUGUCAUCAUUGCUGUCAUAGUGCUUCUGUCCCUUUUGCUGUAGUUGUUAGAACUUUUUUUUUUACUACAAUUUAUUUCCGAUGAAGAUAUAUAAAUAUCAUAUAAUUUAACACUAAUUAUGCUCCUCUUUUUUCCUUUUCAAUAUUCAUUAUUUCUUUUCUUUUUUUGUUAAAAAAAAAUGCAAGCUCCUCCACCCGCUACUAAUGGUCCAGUUAUUGCUGGUUAUUUUCCAAAUUGGGGAAUAUAUGAUAGAAGUUAUAACGUUGUAGACGUUGCAGUUCAAGCAAAUAAAUUAACUCACAUUUUAUAUGCAUUUGCUAAUUUACAAGAAGACGGAACAGUUGUCAUUGGAGAUAGUUGGGCUGACAUCGAAAAGCAUUUUCCUGCAAAUCAAUGUGUAAACGGUAAAGCAGAUAGUUGGAAUGAUCAAGGCAAUAAUCUCUACGGUAAUUUCAAACAAUUUUAUUUACUUAAACAAAAGCAUCGUCAUUUGAAAGUAUCACUCAGUGUAGGGGGAUGGACUUGGUCAAGUAAUUUUGGUGCUGUUGCUAGUGAUCCUGCCAAACGUAAAAGAUUUGUUCAAUCUAGUAUUAAAUUAAUUUCAGAUUUUGGUCUUGAUGGUUUGGAUAUCGACUGGGAGUAUCCUAAAGAUGAUAAAGAGGCCUUUUAUUAUGUUCAUCUCUUAUAUGAAAUGCGUAUCGCUUUAGAUGUCUAUCAACAACAAUGUGAGCAGUUAGACCAGCCUCGUCUACUGCUAACCGUUGCUGUACCUUGUGGACCUAAUAAUUAUAAAAAACUUCGUUUAGCACAAAUGCAACCCUAUGUCGAUAUCUUUUAUUUAAUGGCGUAUGAUUAUGCCGGUUCAUGGGAUCCUAAGACUGGUCAUCAAGCAGCUAUGUUUGGUGGUGCCCUUAAUACUGAUCAAGCUGUUAAUGAUUAUAUGGCUGCAGGUAUUCCUGCUAACAAAAUAGUCAUAGGUAUGCCAUUCUAUGGUCGUGGUUUUUCUAAUACAGAUGGUCCUGAUCGUCCUUAUCAAGGUGUUCCAAAAGGAACUUGGGAAGAAGGUAACUUUGAUUACAAGGUGUUACCUAAGCCAGGUGCUACUGAAUAUAAUGAUACUAAACGUAUGAUUUCAUGGUCAUACGAUCCUAAAGCUCGAGAAUUUAUUACCUAUGAUACUCCUGAAGUGAUUGCCGCCAAAUGUGGUUAUAUCAAACAAAGAGAAUUAGGUGGUGCCAUGUUUUGGGAAUUAAGUGCUGAUCGUAAUCCAAAUGAUGCUCGUAAUUUAGUAAAUACUGUUUAUAAAGCUUUUAAUGGAAAGAUAGAUCAAAUGCCUAAUCAUAUUGAUUACCCUAAAAGCCAAUAUGAAAAUAUAAGAAACCAUAUGGAAUAAAAUAGAGCAUAGAAUGUAUAUCAAAGUUUAUUAAUUGCUACAAAUAUUUAUAUAUAU